CUGAGCCCGCCGGCGAGCGUGCGCUCUCUUCGGAGGAAUGGAGAAGCUGGAGCACGUGAAAUAAAACAAAGCCCAGGAGAGAGGGACUGUGGGGGGCUCCCCCCCGCCCCCCCCCCCCCGCCAGGUCCUUCCUGCCAGAAUGAUUCCUCCCAGCAACGCGGCUGAAGUCAACGUGGAGAAGGGAAACGACAGCGAGAGCCCCGAUCAGCCCCCCUCGCCUGCGUCCACCACCAGCCAGGAAUCCAAGCUCCAGAAACUGAAACGGUCGCUGUCUUUCAAGACCAAAAGUUUGCGGAGUAAAAGCGCAGACAACUUUUUCCAGCGGACAAACAGUGACAUGAAGUUGCAAGUCGAUUUGUUGUCGGAGAUCAGCCCCAGAACUGGCCACCUCCCAGCCUCAGAAAGUCAGUCGUCUACUCCGACCAAGAUCCAUAACCAACAGGAAGGCAACAAGGCUCACGUUUUCCAAGAACACAUCUUCAAAAAGCCCACUUUCUGCGACAUCUGCAAUCACAUGAUUGUUGGGACGAAUGCCAAGCAUGGACUGCGCUGCAAGGCCUGUAAGCUGAGCAUUCACCACAAAUGCGCAGAGAGCACUGGACAGCAACGCUGUAUGGGCAAACUGCCGAAGGGUUUUCGGCGUUACUACAGCUCUCCACUACUCAUCCACGAGCAGUUUGGCUGCAUCAAGGAAGUCAUGCCUAUUGCUUGUGGCAAUAAGGUUGACCCUGUCUAUGAAACACUUCGCUUUGGAACUUCCUUGGCCCAGAAAACCAAGAAAGGCAGUUCUGGGAGUAGCUCUGAUUCACCAAAGAGGAAUUCUACAUCAGACUUGGCAGAGGUUCCCGAGGAAGGCGAUAGUCCGGGAAGCAUGUGUGAUGUAAACAGAAAACGCAGUAACAGUGUAUUUACAUACUCAGUAAACGGUACAACAGAUUUCGGAGAUGAAGCGAAGAACAUAAACUCCCUUGUACAGGGAUCUCUUAGUAAAGACACAUUGCAGAUGAAUGCCUACGUUGCCUUGUACAAAUUUGUCCCACAAGAAAAUGAAGAUUUGGAAAUGAGACCAGGAGAUAGGAUUACACUUCUGGAGGACUCAAAUGAAGACUGGUGGAAGGGCAAAAUAGAAGACCGGAUUGGCUUUUUUCCUGCAAAUUUUGUACAAAGAGUACAGCAAGGCGAAAAGGUCUACAGGUGUAUCCGAACAUUUAUUGGAUGCAAAGAGCAGGGACAGAUGACCUUGAAAGAGAACCAAAUCUGUAUGACUUCAGAGCAGGAACGUGAUGGCUUUAUCAAAGUGUGCAGUGGGAAGAAAAAGGGCUUUGUCCCCCUUGACGUCUUAGAAAACAUCUGAUGGUUGCCCGCUCAACCACUGCAGUUGUGACGCUUUGCCGGCAAGGCCCGCCUGCCUUCUCUUGCACUGUGUUGACCCAAUAAGCCGUCUUGCAGAUAACCAGGGGAAUCAUGAGGCAACGAUCCAUUGAUAUCAGACGUUUAAGCCGCUCUUGUGUCCGAAGAAGAUAAUUGAGCAUUGAGAAACUGGUCCCUGGGGUAAGGAGCCGGAAAAAAAUGGUGUGUCAAGUUUUAGGGAAGGGUCAGUUUGCUUUAAAAAAAAAAUAUUCAACUGGAUGAUUUCUCCAAGCAAAGCUGCUUACUGUUACCCUGUUGGACACAGACAACCAUGCAAUUCCACACUCUGUUCCUGUGUCUUAAGAAAACCGUGUGCGGGUUUUGUUUUGUUUCUCUCGUUGAAGUGUGACAGGAUGGGGAAAGGUUCCGACUUCUUCUGUGUACUCCAGUCUGAUGCUUGAUGUUUAUUGUGUGAGUCUGGUCCUAAAAUGUUGUCGAUGGUAUUAGCAAACGAGCAUCAUGUUUGGUUCUGAUUUUUCAGUUCUGUGAGUUGCGCAGCCAUCAGUCUGAGGAAACUUGCCAUGGUCUGGACUACUUUCUCUGUGGAUUCUGAUGUACAAUACCGUGGCACGCUUGUACAUCCUUUGAUUUUACCGAUAUACAAGGCAACGA